UCUAAGAGCGUCCAUCGCGGUGUUCAGUUGGCGCAAACAAACAGAACCGAACGGAACCAUCAGAAUCUGCUGGGAAGUUCGGUGUUUAGAUGCUUGCAGGAACCGGAAACCUGCCGGAAGCCUGACUUUGAGUCCCAGAAGAAGCUGAAGCAGGUUAACAGGUGGGUCUGAUUGGAUCAGUAAUGCCAUCAGAAUUGGAUCCUCCAGGAUCCGGAGUGAAAUCAGUCAGGAGAUCUCCUCGCCUGUCACCACAGGCUGUCAGCGAGAAGCAGAAGGGAGGAGGAGGAGGCAGCCUGCAGGAGGUGAAGAAGAGGGGAAGGAUGAGGAGCAGAGAGGAGCAGCAGGAGGAGGAGCUGAGCAGCAGGCUGAAGACACUGGAUUUGUCCAGCAGGUCUGCAGUCAGUGGAACCGGACUGGUUUACUCAGAGAUCUUCACACAUCAUCAGAACCUGUGGGAUCUCAGCCAUGUAGAGCGUCCUGACAGAGUGACGUUCAUCAUGUCAGAACUGCAGAGGCAAAAGCUGCUGAGUCUCUGUGUCACUGUGGAGCCCAGAGAAGCUACAGAGGAAGAGCUGCUGCUUGUUCAUACGAAACAUUACAUAGAUGCUGUAAAGUCAACUCAGACGAUGACCCAGACUGAGCUGCAGAGUCUUUCUGAGAGAUAUGACUCAGUCUACCUCCAUCCAGAGUCCUUCCAGGUCUGUGUUACAGCCGUUGGUUCAGUCCUCCAGCUGGUAGAUCGAGUUAUGACCUCUGAACUUAGGACCGGAUUUGCUGUCACCAGACCUCCAGGUCACCACGCUCAGGCCAACCAGCCCAACGGGUUCUGUGUGUUCAACAACGUGGCAAUCGCAGCUCGAUACGCUCAGAAACGGCACGCUGUCAGCAGAGUGCUGAUUGUGGACUGGGACGUCCAUCAUGGUCAGGGCAUCCAGUACCUGUUCCAAGGGGAUUCCAGUGUCCUGUACUUCAGCGUCCACAGGUUUGAAGGCGGGUCCUUCUGGCCUCACCUGCCGGAGUCAAACUCCAGCUUUGUCGGCAGCGGACGAGCUGAAGGGAGAAACAUCAACCUGCCUUGGAACAAGACCGGGAUGACCGACGCUGAUUACAUCGCUGCAUUCCAGCAAGUGCUGCUCCCCAUCGCCUAUGAGUUUCAGCCUCAGCUGGUUCUGGUCUCAGCUGGAUUCGAUGCUGCAGCCGGAGAUCCGAAGGGGGAGAUGUGUGUGAGUCCUCAGUGUUUCCACAUCCUGACCCACAUGUUGAUGAGUUUGGCCGAAGGUCGACUCGUUCUCGCUCUCGAGGGAGGUUAUGACCUGCAGGCGACGGCAGAGGGCGUUGCAUCCUGCAUCAGAGCUCUGCUGGGCGGAGCCUGUCCUCCUCUGAACCCGCCCACUGCUCCCUCUGACAGUGCUCUGCAGUCCAUCUCUCAGACCAUCUCGGCUCUGUACCCACACUGGGCCUCGCUGCGGGUUCUGACUGGAUCCAUGACUGAGGGGCCUGUCAGAGCAACAGCCAAUCACAGGAGCCCAAGUCCAGCUUCUCUCAACACGUCUGUUGCCAAAACAACAGGUCUGGUCUAUGAUGAGAAGAUGAUGGAGCACGUGAACCUCUGGGACAGACAUCACCCUGAACAGCCUCAGAGGAUCUUUAAGAUCUUCUCCAAACACCAGCAGCUGGGUUUGGUUGAUCGUUGCCAUCGGAUACCAGCUCGCCUGGCGACAGAGGAGGAGCUGGCCAUGUGUCACAGUUUGCAGCACAUCGAGCAGAUGAAGUCGACAGCAGAGAUGAAGCCUCGAGAUCUUCAUAUACUUGGAAACGAGUUCACCUCCAUCUUCAUCAGUAACCAGAGCUUCCAGUGUGCCCGGCUGGCUGCUGGAAGCUGCUUUAAUGCUGUGGACAGCAUCCUGACUGGCCAGGUGAGCAACGGCGUGGCCAUCAUCCGUCCCCCGGGUCACCAUGCUGAGAGAGAUGCUCCCUGCGGGUUCUGUCUCUUCAACACGGCAGCACUAACUGCUCGCUAUGCCCAGAAAAACUCCCAUGAUCCUCAGCUGCGAAUCCUGAUCCUUGACUGGGAUGUUCACCAUGGCAACGGGACUCAGCACAUGUUUGAAAAUGACAACAGCGUACUGUACAUUUCUCUCCAUCGCUACGACAACGGGACGUUCUUCCCGUUCUCGCAGGACGCUGCCCCUGAUAGGGUGGGCGUGGCCGAGGGUGCAGGUUAUAAUGUAAAUGUGGCGUGGAACGGAGGACGAAUGGGCGACUCCGAUUACCUGGCAGCCUUUCAUCAUGUUGUUAUGCCGAUUGCUGCUGAGUUUAACCCCGGACUGGUUCUGGUGUCAGCUGGGUUCGAUGCAGCUCGGGGAGAUCCGUUGGGAGGAUAUCAUGUGACUCCAGAAGGAUACGCCCACCUCACACACAUGCUGAUGUCAUUGGCUGGGGGGCGUGUCCUCAUCUUACUGGAGGGAGGUUAUAACUUAACAUCCAUCUCUGACUCCAUGGCAAUGUGCACCAGCGUGUUGCUAGGAGACCCUCCUCCAUCCCUGGUGGUGCCCCUCCCCCCUCCUCAUCACUGCGCCAUGGCAACAAUCAGCGAUGUUAUCCGACAGCAAGCCCCCUACUGGCAGUCCCUGAGGAUCAAAAUUCCAGAAUCAGUACGUGCAGGUGUUCCCUCCCCAAAGCAUCGUGGGAAGCGAAGUUCUCAAGACAGAAAGUCAGACAAACAGUCACUCCCUGCUGCUGGAGAGGAGGUCUCUACGACAGAACAUGGUCUGGCGGAGCUCAUGCAGGGAUUGGCCAGUCUAGACAUCUGUCAAACGUCAGUAAAUCAGUCCCCGCUCGAGCCUACCCCCACCCCACUGGAAACAGCCACAAUAAAGGUCAAAGGUGACAUGAAGUCUGAGUCUGAGAACAGCCAGUCAGCAGGGACAAUGCAGUCUCAGACUGUUGCCGUGGCAGCACCAGAAUUGGAUCCAGCAGGGAUGGGCCCUAAAGCAAGGGAAGCAAGGGUGGAUUCAGGAAGAGGGCAGGAGCCUUGUGAAGGAGAAAAUGAGCCUGCAGCAGAGGGAGCCUGUGGUUGGUCCAAGCCUCAGGUGUCUCUGGAGCUGACAUGCAGCACUGAGAUGGGCGGAGACACUCUAUACGUGGUGGACCCUCUGGCCUGGUGUCCUCAUCUGGAUGCUGUUAAGGCAUUUCCUCACUCAGGUAUAGAUGUCUUCCAGCCUUGCGGAGACUGCGGUUCUGACACUGAGAAUUGGAUCUGCCUGACCUGCUACCAGGUGUGCUGCGGCCGUUAUGUUAAUGAACACAUGGUUAUACAUGGCGCCACGCUGGAACACCCGAUGGUCCUCAGCUUCUCAGAUCUGUCUGUGUGGUGCUACCUGUGUGAGUCCUACGUCCACCACCAGGUUCUGUUUGAGGCCAAAAAUGCUGCUCACAUCUCCAAGUUUGGAGAGGAGGUCCCUCCAUGGAGCUGAGGAGGAAGAGGCCGCUCCAUCAAACUCGGUUGCCAUGGAAAACAGCAGCACAACCCAAAGGGAAAACGGAAACAGUUUAGGUUUUAUUAUUUUUACUGCAGAUCUUCGUCAUCAGAGGGUCAUUGGUUCAAUUGCCUGAUCAAAAUGAGACCGAUCAGGAGCUUUUAUUUUGUAAAUCCAGCACGGAGGCAGCUUAUUAGCCGCCACCUUCAGCAGUUGUUUGUGUAAAUAGUUUUAAUUUCCUGUUAUAAACUGACAUGACAAACAGGAAGUGGAAACACUGCAGCAGUAAUCCUGCUCUCAUGUGAUUGGCUGGAUCAGGAACAGUUUAACUAAAAUUAAUCUUAAUGUUGUGACCUUUAUUCUGGAAAGAAAACCAGCUGAAAAUCAGUUAUUGUUCUCUGGAGCUCUGUGCCAUCUGCCUCAUUUAUAAACCCUGUUUGUUCGUUUUCACCGGAUCAGAACCCAAUGAUCAGCGUUUGACGCAGAAAAAGUAACAGUCUGUUCAUUUAAAUGUUUUAUUAACAAUAAAAUAAUUUUCUGCUGAUUCA